AGAUGACUGAACUGAACCGGUAACGUUACCUCUCUAAAGCUGGAUCGGCAGAAGGGAAGAGCAAGCGCGAAGCAGUCUAAUUUAUUGCAAAAUUAGUCACUGUACUUGUAGAUUAGACUCAAUCCACCACCUAACGCCAAGUUUUCAGUGACACAGACGCGUGACAGCCGGGAAAAGCCAGACAAGAACCCAUCACCAUGCCACACCGACCUGUCCAGAAUUCCGAGGUCCAAAUCCACGUGCCAGAUACCACCCAGAAACCCAACUUCCCCCAGCGGAUAUCAAACUUUGUUCGUGACAAGGGCAACAUCAGUUUGAUCAUCACCUUCGUGGUGACCACCAUCGCCCUGACGCUGUUCCUGCUGGUCCAGGAUGUGUCCGGGAGACAGGUGGUCAGCUACUUCCUGUCCGGAGGGCUGUUUGGGUUUGCAGGCGGCUUUACCAACUGGUUGGCUGUGGUCAUGCUGUUCACCAGGAUCCCAGGGGUGUAUGGGAGUGGCGUGAUUCCGAACCGUUACCGUGAGAUCCGUGCUAAGGUGAAGGAGGUGAUUAUGGAGAUGUUUUUUGACGAGGAGUUUCUGGAGAAGUACCUGUCCCACAAACUCAUGGAGGUCGCCAACAACGUCGACAUGAAGGCCAAGGUCGGCGAGAUCGUCCACUCCAAGACUGUGGACCGACUCAUUGAUGAGAAGCUGGCAUCUCUGGGCACCACUCCUGAAGGACAGCUCAUCCUGAAGAUGGGCGUGGACCCAAAGUCCCUCAAACCCAUGAUCAAACCCUUCCUGCAGGGAUUUGGAGAAGACCUGGCCCCCAUGAUCAAGGAAACACUUAGUGAUCCCAUGCAGGUCAUUGAUGUGAGCAAGCUACGCAAAGAAAUGGAGAAGUACAUGAACUCUCGCAUGGAGACUCUGACGGAACAGCGUGUCACGUCUCUGCUGGAGGCCGUCAUCCGACCGCAUCUCGGCUGGAUCAUCGUGUGGGGCUGCGUGUUUGGAGGGCUGAUCGGGAUUAUCACACAAGCCGUGGGACUGGCACCAAGUUACUAAACAUCCCUACUUCU